GCGGCGGGGCUGGAGGCGCCCAGCAUGGCGGUGCGGGCGGCGCCCCCGGAGCUGCUGCCGGGGCUGGUGCUGGUGCUGCUGGGCCUGUGCCGGGUGGCGCCCGCCAAGAACCUCGAGCCCGUCGCCUGGAGCGCCGCCAGCCACAAAUUCUUGCCUGGGAGGGGACUUGUGAUCUACCCAGAAAUUGGGGACAAGCUGGACAUCAUCUGUCCCAAGGCGGAACCUUCUAGACCUUACGAAUACUACAAGUUGUACCUGGUAAAGCGGGACCAGGCGGAUUCCUGCAGUACUGUCAUGGACCCUAAUGUUCUGGUGACCUGCAACAAGCCUGAGCUGGAUAUCCGUUUUACCAUCAAGUUCCAGGAAUUUAGCCCCAACUACAUGGGCUUGGAAUUCAAAAAACAUCAAGACUACUUCAUCACAUCCACUUCCAAUGGAUCUCUGGAAGGCUUGGAGAACAGAGAAGGAGGGGUCUGCCGAACACAGUCCAUGAAGAUUGUCAUGAAAGUCGGACAAGAUCCCAACGCUGUGAUGCCAGAGCAACUGACGACCAGCCGGCCCAGCAGGGAAUCUGACAAUAAUGUGAAAAUUGCCACGCAGAGCCCACACAACAGAUUCCCGCCUGCUGUGGAGGAUCCUGGGAAGUCAGAUCCUGUGAACCAAGAUGACCAAGAUACUCAAAGCCCUACAGAUAGAUUCUUCAGCUCCAAAGUGGCAGUCUUUGCAGCCAUUGGUGCCGGCUGUGUGAUCUUCAUCCUCAUCAUCAUCUUCCUGGUGGUCCUCCUGAUCAAGAUCCGCAAGCGGCAUCGGAAGCACACCCAGCAGCGGGCAGCAGCCCUCUCGCUCAGCACCCUGGCCAGCCCCAAGUGCAGCGGAAAUGCAGGGUCGGAGCCUAGUGACAUCAUCAUCCCCUUACGGACUACAGAGAACAAUUAUUGCCCUCACUAUGAGAAAGUGAGCGGGGACUAUGGCCAUCCCGUCUACAUUGUCCAGGAAAUCCCUCCUCAGAGCCCAGCCAAUAUUUACUACAAGGUGUGAGGAGCCAACAGAACAGCAGUAGAAACCAGAGGGCCGGGGAAGGGGGGCAGCAGAUGGCCGCUCCCCCAAGUGACAUGCUUGCACUGAAGAGCAGCCUCAUGCAGGGUCCAGACGAGCGCUGGAGCAGGCCCUCCUCUCUCCUUUAGCAUUUAGUUUUGUAGUUUGGAGCAGGGGUAGCCCCAGGACUCAUGGGGGGUAGGGGCUUGCCAGCAUCCUUCUCCGAGCUCCAAGGUAGCCCUAGCAAUUUCAGUGGCCCGUGGCUCGGGCUCUGUGCCUUUCAUCACUCUGAAACAUGCCUGACAAUGCCCGAGAACUUCUCUCCCAGCUUUUCAAGCUCUUGUUUUUAUUAUUUCAAUUAUGGCGGGGGGUGGGGUGCUCCCUAGGGCCUGGUGUUCUGCAGUGUUGGGAAAGCCUGCCUGUCACUGGUGUAAGAAAGAUGGAAAUCCUCACAGAGAGGCUUGUUUGCCCCAACUUUGUACUAUUAUAAUAAUUUUAAAUAUUUUUGUACCUUUUUAAAACACUUUGUGAAAUGUUGAAACUCUAAGCCUUUGAGCCUGAGCCUCUUUGUCACCCCCCCCCCCCCCCCCCGCUCUGGGGCUGCCCUCAGUAAAGGAGGGUGGACUCUCUGUAGUGCAGCCCUUCUGGGGCUCUAGCCUUUACACAGAGAGGUUCCCUGAUCAAAGGAGGUGUCUCUGCUCUAUUUCAGGAUCUGCUUUAGAAAACAAAGCGAUGCAAUGCCAGAGAGACAGAGAGAAUCUCAUUCUGAAUCCAGCUGGGAGAAAUCUUCUCUUAGCUGAGGAAAGAGCCACCCCAGCACCACAACUGCUUUGCUUCCCAUUUACCCCUCCUAGAGGAGUUGCCGUUGCUAUGGCAGACGAGGGGGUGGGCAUGGGGGGCAACUUGUUUAUGUCAAGAACCUCCUGGAAAGGUGCAGCCUGUCUGUGUAAGAGACUUUUAAUACCUUGUUGGUAGUAUCAGAAGCAGAGGCAAGUUUUGUGUCCUGUUGAGGGACAACACUUUGAGUUCUCCAGGCAGGUGUUCAUGUAGAUGGAGAAAACGGGCAGGGAGCUCAGGGCCAUGCUGGAGAGGAAGCUCUCUGGUGACUCACCCAGGCCUCCUUGUCCUGGUCACUUUAGAAAGUCGCCUGAAUGCACUGCGGUCUGGAGAUGGGCUAGGAUGGGACAGCCCCUUGAUAGCUUCUCUUUUGGAUGCGGGGGGCGGGGGGGGGUCAGCUUUGUGAGACUCUGAAGACCGAACACCAGCAGCAGGCAGCUUUCCAGGGUGGCCAGAGGCCAGAUGAAGGGGUGGCAGGUCCAGGCCACCUGGCCUAGAAGGAGCUGGGAGAGGCGGAGGCCACCUGGCUACUCAUACUUGGGCAGGCCACAGAGCCCUCUUGUGCCACAUGGGGAGGCAAGUGCAAAGCAGGUCUUUGUUUCUAAUCCAUUCUCCCCAAAAUGCCUGCAGGGAGGGAGGGAGGAGCCAGCAGGAGGCUGCUUGUCGCUCCACAUUCUUGUUCUGCUGACUGUGAGCAGGAGCGCCCCUCCCCUCGCCCUGCUCACAAGGCUAUUGUUCGGACGAAUCCUCAUGCCUUCAUUGCUGGAGGAAUUAUGACACACCCAUCAAGGCUAUUUCAAGCUGGAAUCCCGUGUGUGGAGGGCAGGAACCAAAUCUGAUGCUUGGCUGGCACUGUGAGUGCAGCCAAUCAUCAUGCACUAGAGGCGGGGCUUAGCUCCUCUGACAGCGUCAGCACACUCCAUUGGCUGCUGCAGUCAGGGCAUGAGCACCAAUCAAAGACCCUGCCCCAACCUUUCCUUAGCCUCAUGUCAUUGAGUGGAGAGAGUUGCCAUGUUUUCCGUAGGGGGAGGAGCCAUGUUGUUGCCCAUGGCCACUGGACACAUGGCUAAACCACACAGUCUCAGAGCUAUGGAUUGAAGAGCAUUUUGAUGCUUUCAGCCUGGCUAUUUCUCCCAUUUCCAUGUUGUGUUUCUUGUGCCAAAAGCCUUACUUUGCAUGGAGGAGUGAACCCACACAAUUGAGCCCACCCUGGUUUGGCUUCCCACUAAGCAGGUGAGCCCCAUUUCUGCCUUCCCCUUCCCUCCGGAGUGAGAGAGAAACGCUGCUGCUCCCUGGCCUGCCCAGCCCACCCUGGGAGGCAGCGACUGCCCGCCUUUUGCUGCACCAAAGCCUUCUGUGGACUCCUUUGUGGAGAGAGAGCCAGGUAAAAGCAGAAUAAAUCACGAAGCAGUCAGCCGAUGGCUUGGCUCUGCUCCCAAACCAACCAACGCAGGCAGCUGGUCUCUGGCAGGCUGCAGGUCGAUGUCUGUGCUUGUGGGGAUCUGAAGGGCCUGCAGGGGUGUCUUUGUCACAUGCUAUGAUCUGAGAGCUCUCUGCUUUCCUUUUUUUAAUACUCUUCUUGCAUAAGGCAAUAAACUGGUCUCAGGAUGCCUUCAUGGGGGUAGAAUAGAAGGGCGGAGGUUUUGUUCCUUCCAGGCCAUGGCUGAUAUUUUGUUCCCCAGACUGGAAGUUUAGGGAAUAGACGUCUGAAAUAGGGUUGAUCCAGUUGCCAGCCUCCAGAGGUAGCCCUGGUUAUUGUUGCCCCCUCCAGCCCUGCCGCUCCCCCACACAGCCCCUUCCCCUAUCAGAGUCUCUAUGCAGGGUGGGGAGGGUAUCUUUGCUUCUUUUUCUCUUCUUGUAAGGGCUUUGAUACUCUCGUGCGCUUUGAGGCAUGUCCAGAGGAGGUCAUCCAAGGAUGCAGGAUUCUCAGGACUCCACAGAUAAAUGACAGAUUUUUAAAAAACUUACAUUUUUAAAAUUUCUCAUUUUGCCUGUUUUUUUUUACCGCAAGGGUAAGAUGUUUAAUAUUGCUUAAAGGAGGUGAAGAGAUUCUUUCAUUUGUGGGUGAUCAUUGUAUCUGCAGGGAAUCUUACCCAUGCCCUGGAUAGAAGCAAGUGGUGCUGGGAGUUCUUUGGCCUGAGAUGGGGGGGAGGGUAUGGUUUUUUCCCCACACAGCACAAUUUUUAAAAAAUCUUCUGAUCUCUUUAAAUACUCACAUGUAGUUUUGAUGCAUGCAGGUCACAGGGCAGCCAUCUUUUCUACGAAACCUCCCUUCCGUGGGCUGAGCUGCUUGUGAGUCUUGGGAGGGGAAGGGCGUGUACCAUUCCCAAUGACUGGAAAAGUCAAACCAGCCCAACCAACAGGUUACCUGAAUCCAUUCCUAAGCAGCAAGAAAUAACUGGCAGCUGUAAGAUGGGAAAGUAAUCUAAGCUGCACUGACUCCUUUCUUAUGCAAUCACUUAGACUUGUGCCAGGAAAAUUAAUUUCCUGUAAGGAAAUAGCAUCGCGUUUGGUGUUUUUGCCAUGUGUGGACAUGCUGGGAGGCCUCCAUCAGCAUUAACUUCCUGCCGAGAGUAACUCGGCCAAAUGAAGCUCAGGGUGUGUUGCAGACAUGUAUUUGCUGUCCAGAGUUUGCCACCACCCCACUCCUCAGUUAAGAUCUCUUCCCUCCUCUGUACUCUGCCCCCCACCUCAGGUGUGUGCUUACUUGCAAGAGACUCUGAGAAGGCAGAAUCACACAUUGAGCUUGGUUGAGCAAACUCCUAAAUCUGUGAGUAGCCCAACAAUGGGGUUGGGGUGUGGGAGUGAAAGCUGACCAAAAGUCUUGUUGGACACCUCUGUCUAGCUCUCAAACUUUCUCUGUUCUCAUCAACAGAACUUUUUAUUUUAAGGUUUUGUUUUGUAAAUAACUAGUCUGUUUUGGAAGAGAUAAUGUAAAGAUGUUUUGUAUAAACUGGAUUAUUUUCUGGUUGAUUUUUCUUAGAAAAGACAAAUAACUAAAAAAAUAACCACAAGAACGGGUGUGAAACAUUUGUCAUUUUGCCACUGAGUGAAGAGCAGGGGCCCUCUACUGGCAGAGGACCCUGUGUGUGUCCGGGCCCCUGGGUGGGCAGCUUGGAAGAAAGUCUCCACAGCCAUCCCCAAGGAGGAGCAGAAACUCAGACUGGGCAUGGGCCAAUUGAUUGGCUGUGUGGUUUUCCACCACUGUAGGCCAAGACCUGUGGCUGGCUAGAACACUUUGCAGGUUUGGCUUCAUUUUACAUUCCAGCAUCAUUUUGGCCAAAAUCAAGUGGUCUGAUGCAGCAGUGGAGGCUGGAGUUGUGUCUCCAAAGCAUCUAGAAAGCAGCCCUGUGCCAUGUUGGGCAAGUUGUCUUAGGGUCACCUGGGAGAUGUUGACUCCCUACAAAGGUCUGCACUUCCAAUUUCCUUUGCUAGUUUGCCUGUUGUGAAAUAAGGUUUUGGGAGCUGCUGAGAAUUUUUUCACAGAUCCUGAGUAGAUUCCUAGUAAGAGAAUGUGAGUGCUAAUUCAGUUUGUGGUGUGCAUUAGAGGCCAGCAGAUUUUGGAGCCUAUUCUGUUCAAAUGUGGCAAAUUCAAGCAGACCUCAUGUCCUCAGUCAUUUCAGGGGAAGGAGGGAAGCUGAAGCAGCUCACAACUAAAUACCAAAUUUCAGACUGGGUCUGCAGCAGGGCCUUUGCAUUACCCAUUGACAAGGUGCACCAAGAAACCUGCAGCAUGGCCGGGUUAGUUAAGGACACGGGCUGCCCACUGCCCACUGGCAGAAUGAUGGGAACAGUGGUGUUGGCAUUGGGAGCAGGGUAGCCCUUAACCAUGCUGUUGCUUUCUGUUGGGUCCUCCCGGUCAGAGUUGCUGCAGACACUUCCUGAUUGACUCACUGCCAUUGUCUGGAGCCAUUUACCACUGCCAUUGUCUGGAGCCAAGGACCACUGCUGCCUUCCCUAGACUGCGCUUUUCUUCCAUUUUGGCUGACUGCCCUUCAUAAAUCUUUGUUUGUAAGAGCACAAGCUGAGUGAUAAGUCACAUGGCUAAUACUAUGUCCUCUGGAAUGAACAGCUGUGAGGGGAGCAGGGCUGCAAAAGGAUCUUGGUUUUUUCCAUAUGGGUGUGUGCAUUUGGGUACACACAGUACUCUCUCUGCACCAGCCUGCUGGCUUUCCCAGAGUUCCUGCAAUUUAAACUUUUGCUCUGUCCCACCAGAAGGUCUAAGUGCAGUCAGACAUGGUUCUGUGGAAGUAAAAGUGGUUUGCUUCCGCAGGUCCUGAAUGUUUGUGAAUAAUAAAUACAUACAUAAAGAAUUAUUUUUAAGCUCAGUCUUCGUCAAAACCAUCAUUCUGUGUGCUCUAUUAAACAUGCCAGUUUGAUAAAGGAGCAUUUAUAUUCCCUAACCUCACGCCCACCUCAGAGUUCUUACGUUGGUCUUUGUUGUGCCCGCCAUUUUGUGUCAGCUUCAGGAGCCUCCAUGCUACCGCCACCAUUUUAAGAAUGUUCCCAGGAGUUUCCCUGCUUGCAACUCGUCCGAUGGCCAUUUCAAUGUAAAAAUGUACAUGAAUAAAGUUUGUUUUUCCUCACAAUUCUGGCCACAUUUUUUAAAAUGAGGUAUCUUCAUAGCAACAAAGGCACUAGGAAUCAUAGCCACUGGGGGGCGGGGCUGGUCUACCCCCAUUAAGAAGCAUUGGGCAGACCUGCCCUCUGCGGAAGCCAGCUUUAUCCAGUGCCUCUUAGUGGGAGGUGGCUUUCAGAGUGGCUGCAGCUCUGAGAUGGUGUCUUCGUGGCUGCAAAGAUAUCUCAUUAAAAACAAGACAAAAAAGGAAAAAACACAUGCGCGGGAUUGCCAGGAAAAGCAGACUUCUCUUCAUGUACUUUUUACCCUGAAACGACCAUUGGAUGAGCUGCAGGUAGGGAAACUCCUGGGAACAUUCUUUAAAUGGCAGCAGAAGAACGGAGGCUACCGAAGCUGAUGCAAAAUGUCGUGCACGAUAGAACAAGGCAGCCAACGGGACCACUGUUGACCAUUCUACUCCACAAAGAAGGUCCAGGAAGAAGUGGUGGAUGGAUUUACAGUUCCACUUAGAUCUUUUGAUGGGACAGAGUAUAGUCUGCCUGUAGCCAGUGGGAGUGUAUGCCAUGUAUGCACUUAAUGCACAGUAAGAAUAUUGUUCCUCUCAGUGAUCCAUGUCCAGACUGGAUCAAGGUCACACCACAAUAAACACUGGAUAAGCUGCCUUCCAUUUCUUUAUCUCUCAGUCAUGCACCUCCUCAAUUCCUGGGGUCUCUCCGCAGUGUGGCUGCCCUCUGCGCAUCUGGCACUCAGGACAGUAGCCAUUAACUGCUGUGGGGUUGAUUGCUCAGGGGAGACGCGUCCAACCACUGAGUGACAUGAAAAGCUCUGUGGGCGACCUCCAUUUGUCUCAAAUGCAGUUUUUUCUUGUGAAGACUCCAAGACCCCUCCUCACAAAGACCUCUGGCCCGCAUUUGGCUGAGGGUUUUUUUGCCUCACAGGCAGGGGAUAUUGUGUGUUGCCCUGGCCUGUGGCUGCUAUGAACUCCACUGCCAGGUUGACAGCGAUUCUCCUCCUGCAGUCACGUUCCAUUUAUAUUACAUUGUAAGACCAAGGGCUCAAAUAUCUGAGUUUUCUGAUGGUGACACUGAAUUUACCACAGCAAUGUAUGUUUUGUUCACUUUGCCAAGAAUUCUUUUUUUCCCCACACUGCUUUCUCCUAGUUAUCAUAUCAGUCAUUGUCAUUAGUAAUUUGGAAUUUGAACUUCUUGGAGCCAUGAUGGAGCCUGAUAUAUUGUUAAAUAAAAUAUUUUUUCCUAUGGAA